UGAAAUAAUAAUUGAAAUAUGUCAAUUACUACAGAGGAGAAGAGCUGAAGGGAAUAUUAAGAAGGGGAGCGUUGUUUUCGACAUCUUGGUUUCAGUAUAUAAAUGAUGGCUAUUGUUCCUGAAGCUCAUUUCUCCAGUUGGUUGCUUCACAGCUUGAUUAUUAGCCUCAAGAUGCGACUCAUCACAGUAAUUUCUUUAGCGCUGAUCAUUGCUUUGGCAAUAUCAGUGCGAUGUUGCGAAGGAACUCGUCUCCGAGGUCUCUCGCUAACAGAAGAAGAAGAUGACAUUCAACCAAGACAUUACUAUCGGCAGUUCGGCUUCAUGAGGAAACGUCCAGCGAGGGCUGAUGAUUCAUUCGAUGAUUAUGGACAUUUGAGAUUUGGUCGCUCUGAAGACUGAAAACUAAUAUCACCAAUAACCGAUCAAGGAACCGUAAUCGAUCAAACAUUGCACUACAUUAAUUAUUCAUUAAUUAAAAAUAUGUAAUGUAUUUAAGUUUAUUUGAAAUAUCUAUGGCUGGUAUGAUAUUUC